UGUAAAGGGACAGUGUUAAAGCAGCAGCUCGGUGAAUGCUCCUAUAUGUAAAUGUCAAAAUGUGUGACCAAGUGUGAAAAGUUCUUGCUCUGAAGACUGAUGUUCUGUCCCUCUGUGUUUUUUUGUUUUUAUCUUUUUGUGUUCUGUAGUUUUCUACUUGUUUUCUCCUGCCUGGUGCUGUCUGUCUUCUCAACCAUUGAUGAGUAUCAGAACAGCUCUGAAGGGGCCCUUUAUAUUCUGGAAAUCGUCACCAUCGUGGUGUUCGGGGUGGAGUAUUUUGUGCGGAUCUGGGCAGCCGGCUGCUGCUGCCGGUACCGGGGCUGGAGAGGAAGGUUGAAAUUUGCCCGCAAGCCGUUCUGCGUCAUCGACAUCAUGGUGCUGAUCGCAUCCAUUGCCGUGCUGGCAGCGGGCUCCCAGGGCAACGUCUUUGCCACCUCGGCGCUCAGGAGCUUGCGCUUCCUGCAGAUCCUGCGCAUGAUCCGCAUGGACCGGCGGGGUGGCACCUGGAAGCUGCUGGGCUCCGUGGUCUACGCACACAGCAAGGAGCUGAUUACUGCCUGGUAUAUUGGCUUCCUCUGCCUCAUUCUGGCCUCUUUCCUGGUAUACUUGGCCGAGAAAGGAGAAAAUGAGCACUUUGAUACGUACGCAGAUGCACUCUGGUGGGGUCUGAUCACCCUGACCACCAUCGGCUAUGGGGACAAGUACCCGCAGACCUGGAACGGGCGGCUGCUGGCUGCAACCUUCACGCUCAUCGGUGUUUCCUUCUUCGCUCUCCCGGCCGGCAUUUUAGGUUCAGGGUUUGCUCUGAAGGUCCAGGAGCAGCAUCGGCAAAAGCACUUUGAGAAGAGGCGAAACCCAGCAGCAGGACUGAUUCAGGCUGCAUGGAGGUUCUAUGCCACCAACCUGUCCCGCACGGACCUGCACUCCACCUGGCAGUACUACGAGCGCACCGUCACCGUCCCCAUGUACAGACUCAUCCCACCUCUGAACCAGCUGGAGCUCCUGAGGAACCUGAAGAGCAAGUCGGGACUAACAUUCAGUCAGAAGGUCAGUUUGAAAGAUCGUGUCUUCUCCAGUCCCCGCGGUGCUGGCACCAAAGGGAAAGGCUCUCCACAGGCUCAGGGCAUCCGGAGGUCCCCCAGCGCUGACCAGAGCAUCGAGGACAGCCCCAGCAAGGUGCCCAAGAGCUGGAGCUUUGGAGACCGCAGCAGAGCCCGGCAGGCUUUCCGCAUCAAGGGAGCUGCGUCGCGGCAGAACUCCGAAGAAGCAAGCCUGCCUGGGGAAGACAUUCCUGAUGAGAACAAAAGCUGCAACUGUGAGUUUGUGACGGAAGAUUUAACGCCAGGACUGAAAGUCAGCAUCAGGGCAGUGUGCAUUAUGCGAUUUCUCGUCUCCAAACGCAAGUUUAAGGAGAGCCUUCGGCCCUACGACGUGAUGGAUGUCAUCGAGCAGUACUCAGCUGGCCACCUGGACAUGCUCUCCCGGAUCAAAAACCUCCAGUCCAGAGUUGACCAGAUCGUUGGGAGAGGAUCCUCCAUGACCGACAAGGAUCGGACCAAAGGGCCAGCUGAGGGGGAGCUGCCUGAAGACCCCAGCAUGAUGGGCAGGCUUGGGAAAGUUGAAAAACAGGUUCAGUCGAUGGAGAAGAAGCUGGACUUCCUGGUGAACAUUUACAUGCAGAGGAUGGGCAUCCCACCGACGGAGACGGAGGCCUACUUCGGGUCCAAAGAACCAGACCCAGCCCCCCCCUACCACAGCCCCGAGGACAGCAGGGAGCACAUCGACAAGAACGGCUGCAUCAUCAAGAUCAUCAGGUCCACCAGCUCCAUGGGCCAGAAGAACUUCUCGGCCCCACCGGCCCCAACCAACUCCUGCCCACCCUCGACAUCGUGCCAGCAGCAGCCCUACCAGCGGCAGAGCCACGGCUCCUCGCCCGUCGGAGACCCCGGCUCGCUCGUCCGCAUCCCACCUCCGCCAUCCCACGAGCGCUCCCUGUCAGCCUACAGCGGCGGGCACAGGGCGAGCGCCGAGUACCUGAGGAACGAAGACAUUACCACCAAACACCACGAGAGUGCCCUGAGAGACAGCGACACGUCCAUCUCCAUCCCCUCGGUAGACCAUGAGGAACUGGAGCGCUCUUUCAGCGGCUUUAGCAUUUCCCAGUCCAAAGAGAAUUUGGACAUCCUUAACAACGGUUGCUAUGCAGCCGUGGCCAAAAUCAGACCCUACAUUGCGGAAGGGGAAUCGGACACCGAUUCUGACCUCUGCACACCCUGUGGCCCUCCUCCCAGGUCAGCCACGGGCGAGGGACCCUUCAGUGACAUGGGCUGGUCGGCCCCCCGGCAGUGAGGGCCCCUCGCAGCCUCAAGCCAUGGCUGAGCCCCGGCAGCUGCCUGCUCCAGCUGUCCUCACGUUGAACUUCUCAAGGAGAUGGACAGCUAAGGGUUUCCUCCAUCUAGGACAUCCUUAGCUGCCGGAUGCUUUCUUGCAGCUUACUCUUGGGGGGGAAUGAGCAGGCCCAAGCCUGUGGGAGUGGAAGAGGUCACAGUGGUGAGCAAACUGGAGCCGUGAAGUCUGGAUUUCUUUCAUACUCUCUUUCUAAGAUCUUUAGGUGAAAUUUUUUCAUGGUGCAGGAUAAGCAAUUUGCAUUUCUUGGGAAUGUUCAAAGAUGCAGGGCAGGAAUAAAUCACCCGGCCAGGGCUUUUGGAAGUCACGUCAAGUGGUGGUGAGCAGUUGCCAUACCGUGGCACUGGUGAUUACACCUUUUGGUAUUUUGGAGUCGCAGAAUGAACAAGUGUCUGUUUCCAGCUUAGAUUUCAGGUCGCAUGAAAAUUGCUGGGGGGAUGUUACUCUGUGGUUCAUCAUUAACAAUCAGGAAGAUGGGAGAGUUCCAAAAUAAUACAUGGAAAUUUUGUACAGGCCCCUGGAGGAGAGGGACAGUGGCUGGAAUAUUUGUGUAAACAGAAGUUAUGGCCUCAGAGUGGGACAGGUUAGGGGACUGCUCUGAACCAGCAUGGUUUGGAAAUUCUCCUUGUCCAACUGCUUAGGAAAUUGAAAAACUCAAAAAUUUGACCUUGCAUGCAAGAGCUGAGACAACCCAGGGAGCACAGAAAUAAGACAGACAAGGAGAACAAGUGACUGUGUUGCUGGAAUUUUAUAUUUUAAACCAUGUAUUGUCUUUAAUUAUCUCUCCGCCCACUGACAUGACCUGGAGGUGCUUUGGAAGCAAAGGCAAACCAAAGGCAGUGCCUCCAUAGGGCUGCCAUGGUAUGAAGCCGUUCUCGUGACCAGUAGGGCUGUUGUGGAGUCACAGCAACAGCAGACCAAAGGGAGAGCUGGAUAUGCAACACGCUGUGGUCCCCGCACUGCUGCGACCUAAGUGCUGAGCUCCAUCCUUUUGAAUUCCUGUUGGUCAGAGCGGGCCCUUUUCUUACAGUUUGCAUUGUGCCUGAACACUUUUGCACACACUAUGCCCCUUGAAAAUCCUCCCUUUCUUCUUCUGCCCUGGCAAGAAUGUCACACCCCCGUCCUCUGGACAUCCUUUGGCUUGUUUGGAUCCCUUGGGCUGAAUUAAGAGGUACUUCUUUGUUUCUUCAUGAUCUUUCAGAAGCCUCUUAACUGUGUGCGCCCACAAGUUGUGCCAAUCCAAGUCUGCCCUGUUUUGUUGUUCUUGUUUGUCUUGGAAAGAUCAUUGUGUUGCUAUCAAGAACCUCAGCAGUGUGUUCAGCUGGGGGAAGGUGAGGGUGUUUCUUUUGGGACCAAAAAAAAAGCCACAAAGUGAUCUUUUACAUGGAUGGAGAUUUUGUUUGGCAAGAGAAUGGAUCAGACAAAGCGUGUUUUGGGAUCCAUCUCCAAGGCUAGGACACCACAAACAGCGUUGUGCCUCUGAUGCCUCCUGUGUACCUACAGCCCAAAUCCCCUGUGUGUUUUUUUGCAAUAGCCAGGGCUGUAUCUCUGAUUUUAAACCCCGUCUCUCCACCAUCUCCCCAUGUUGUACCAACAGCUUCUGAGGAUAUUUAGGUGACAGCUUAAUUUCUGUGUGGCCUCUGAGAGGUUGCACAUUGCCUUGUUUGGGCUGAAGGGAGAAUCACAGCUUCCUCUCCCUCUGUUUGCUUGGCAGCAGCCAGGUGAGGCCCAAACUGUUUUGGCCCUUGGGAAGAUGUGGGUGCAGUCUGUGAGCUUACAGACAGGAGGUAAAACCAUCCUUUUGCUAGUGCUCAGGCCAACAUUCAGGGCUCCACAUGGGACUGAGGAGUAGGGGAAGGCUCUGCACAACUUUUCCUGCAGUUUUGCAUCCAGAAGGGGAAAACAUUUUUUUAGAGGGAGCCCUGACUUUUCAGCCUUGCUAGUUCCUUUCCUUCCCAUUUGAUCUUCUUUGUUUGUUUGUUUCCUUUUGCAAUUUUUCACUAUCUGUUUUUCCUCCCAAUCUCCUUUUGGCUCCAGAUUCCUUUGUUCAAAGUGAACUCACUGAUGUCCUUAACUUCGAUGCAGUGAAACUGUUCCUCUGUGAGUGUAAAAUGGCCAUAAAUUGUGCAGAUUUGGCCCUGCUGUGUUGCAAGCUUAGACUCCUCCUGGUAGAGCAAGAUUUUCACCAAAUCAGAGAUAACAAACAUUUGCUAUCUUUUUUUUUUUUUUUUUUUUUUUUUGCAACUACUUUUUGAGGCCUGCUGGAAAUUUGGCACAGAAUGCUCCAGAUAAGGCUGAGAAUGAUGUUGUGUGGUCCUAUUACAGCAAAGGUUCUUGCCUCAUCUUAAAUGUAAGUGACAAAGCCAAUAGUACUUCAAGGCACAAUUUAAGUGGAAUGUAAUUUUCAUCAUGUCCUAAAUUUGAAGCUCUUUUGGCUCUAUUUUGAAUGUGCAUUUCCCAGUUUUUACUGCAAAACCUCUUUCUCUUGCUCAGCUGAUGUUAUACAUUCAAACACAGGUAAUGCCAGUGUGCCCUGAGGAGAAGUAGUUCCACUGUGUCCACCUUAAGUUUUCCACAUUGCAGUCCUUUACCUCCCUAGGGACUGCAUAGGAAGAAUUGUGUUUCCGUCUUUAAGUAAAUUUCUAUACCAAAGUCUACAAAGAUUUCCUGGCUUGUAGCUUUAAAAGGUGUUACUUCUGUCCCACAAUUACAGAAAACAAGGUUUAUAUCUGUACAGCAUAGAUUGUAUCUUACUGCUACAAAUUUCGUGGAGAAUUGUUUGGAAGAGAUAAGCAAUAUUGCAUUCUAAUCCAUAGUGUCAUUUCAAAGAACUUCUGACCCCCUUGUCCACAGCCAUCCCAUAAAUCAGCAUUUCUUGUUCAUCCAGGCAAAAAGGCUUGACCUGGAAUUUUGUGUUAACUUAUCCCAGAAUUGACUCCAAAUAAUGCUCUUAUUUCAGAGAAACGAUUCAUGGCUGUGUAAAUGGGAACAGAGCCUGGUCUAGAUGAAGGUUUUGUUCUUUAUCAAUAAUGCUCCUUGCAAAGCCUUCUCUUUCAGUCCCUCAGUUUCCCCAUGCUUGUAUCACACUCUCCUGGUGAUAAUCUCCGCCCCCCUCCCCCCAAAGGUCUUAACCACUAGAUUAAAAGAAAACAAAUUAGUUUUACUUUGCUGAUAAGGCCGGCCCAAUGAUAAAGACUCUUAAAAAGACGCGCAGGCCAACUUUGUCCCUCUGCUGAGCCUCUCUUGGGCUCUCUUUGCUCUGCUGUUCCUCCUACGUCUGGUUCCCUAUUUUUUGUCAGACCCUGGAGGGCUGAAAGAAGCUUCGGACCACGCUAAGUGUGAACACAGGAGAGCUGAAGAGCACUGGAAGGCCCAAUUUCCAGCAGGCCAUCUUGAACUGCUCCAGAGCUGCCCGUGCCCACAUGGACACAAAUUCUAUGGAUGACUCCACCUGUGGGAUGGGGUAAUCCCUGAUGCACUCUUCUGGGUGCUUCAAGACCAAGAGGGAGGUCAAGUUGCCUGAGAUAUUUGUGACAAGAGAUGUGGCCAGAGAUGCUGCAAGCUCCGUGCAGGUGGCCUUUCCUAACACGACCCUGAGACAUAAGAACAGAGCACUAGCCAUAAGUCACACUUCCCAACAUUUGGGAAGAGACUUUAAUGUUACUCCAGUGUGGAUUUUGUAUGUGAAUUUCCUUGUUGACUCAUUUUCUUAUUAAUAAUUUUUAGAACAAGAAUAUCAAGGAACACACCAGAAAAAAAAAAAACAACUCUUGUUCAGCUCAGAAAGCCAUUACAGUUCUUUAGACAGACUAUGUGAUAGAUCAGGUUUUCUAAAAACGUAUUUUAUUUCAAAUGCUGCUUAAUAGAUCCAAAUAAAUUCUACGGGGCCAUUGCUAUUUACAGACAAAUAGGUAUAUUUUUACAUUUUUAAUUGAUUUUUAAGAUUUUAAAUUGAAUUUUUAGAACAAGUUUGUAUAAUCUACCUGAAAAGCCAGAACAUCACUGCAAAUACAAGUGCUCCCCUUCCUAACUGUUACCCAAGAGAAAGGAAAGACGUAUUUCUUCAUCCUUUUCUCAGGCGGGAGCUACUGCAAACCUCAUUUCCUUUAUAUCCUCAGACCAUCAUGGUCACGGCAACAUUAUUACUAAAAACAAAAUGAAAGCGUUAAAAGAGAAACUGGAGUUUGUGUCCUGCAGAGGCCAGAGGAGGCAGUGCGGGGUCAGGUUCACCCACCUCGUUGGGGGCAGGUGGGCACUCGGAUGGUGGCACUGAGGUAGGGUCGUCUUGUUUCUCAUCCAGAAGGUCUUCCUCCUGCCUGAAUAGCAACUGCUAUGGCCUUGUGAAAAAUUCAUCUUAUAGGAGACCAGAAGAUGAUACUGGCUUGCUUCAGGACUCCCCUUAUAAGAAAUUCCUAAGGAAUAUAUAUGAGUUAUCCCAUAUAAAGGCCCGUAGCACUGAGAAUUGUAUUGGGAAUGCUAAAAAGCCCAGGAGCAGGGUAAGUCUUUCUGUUUCUCCAUCCACACUCAUGCGAGCCUUUGGGUUGGGAGAGCCACCAAGCCUCCAUCCCUCCCUCCCCCACGCACUGUCCCCUGUGCCAGCAGUGCUCCGAGCCACGACUGCACACCCUUGUCCCUUUCUGUUUUGAUCAGCUUCCUUUCCAUGAAUGAGGAACAAGGAAAUCAGAUACAAAAGCUCCUUCACCUGCACGUAACAUUGAGGCUGCGACGUGGAGGGAUGUGGUCCUGAGGUGUAAAAGCAAAGUCUUGCUUUUAGCACACAAACCUUUCUGUCUCACAGCGCAAAAGCUGCUUAGGGCAAGGGCUGUGGGUUGGUUGGUUGUUGUCUUUUUUUUUUUUUUAUUAACAAUAACAAUAGGGUUUUUUAAAUAAUAAUGAUGAUGAUAAUAAUACAUAGGAAUCUUCUUUAGUAUACCAUUAGUGUUUGAUGCCCCAGUGACACAAUACUGCUUGCCUUAUAUUAGUGUCUAGAGGGAGAGGGACUACACACCUUUUGAUACCGUAUUAAUCACGCUUGUAAUUUAGGUAGCAGCAAGGAGCGGUUGCUGCAGGAGGAGCAGCCGUGUCCUUUUUAAUGUAUGAAUGUGCUUUCCAGCCUAUCUCACUGACUGUAGUCUCAAUUUUGCCUGCUACUGCAUGCAGCCUGAGAUGAGUAGACAGCAAUAUGCUCCAGCUGUAUCUGCACUCCCAGAUUGCUGUAGUACCUGGAGAGGGGUGACAUAGCUAAAAGAAUCAUUUUGGGGAGAGGCCAUCCUCCCAGAGACCCAUCACGUAGGGUGCUGCGGUGCUUCUGUAGGUAACACUGAUAUACCAAGUGUCUUUCAUGCUACGAUUGAUCAUUUCCUCAUCCCUCUGAUACGGCAUGUACAAACUCCACUUAUAAGGGGUAAAAAACACACAUCUGUAACCUGUGGGCCAUUGAAAUGUGUAUAUGGGGAGAAAAUAAGGAAAAAGAUGUGAAUUUUGUUGGCUGUGCGUAACAAGCUCCUUUCCACCCAGAUGCCUCUGAAGAAGAGCAUCCCAGAUAGCCCUUCCUGAGCGCAUGGAGGAGCAGGCAGAGCAGGGCAGGCGAUGCCAAAGGCAGAGCCCUGACCUUAAUUUAAGAGAUGCCAUUUGAUCCCAUAUGUGUGGGACUUGCCAUGUUUCUCAUUCCCAUAGGGCUCUCUGCACUCUGCUCUGGUGUUCAUGUGUGUUGUGCCUGCAGCCAAGCCCAAGGGGCAGGGGAGAAUGCAACUCCCAGGCUUUGGAAACCCUCUUUGGAGAUUUCAUUGACACCACUGUGGGAUCCUGGGGACCCUCAGCUGUGCCAUAUCGAUAUUUCACGGAAGCAUUUCUUACUCUCCUUAUGGAGGGGCACUGAGCUGCCUUCAUAUCGCCAUAAAAGUUUUGCCACUGCUAUCACCUGCCAUGGUAGCAGACUCACAAGGCCUUCAGGAUUUGCCCACAUUGCUGGUGUUUGAAGUCUCUUGUAUCUCUUGUGAUGCUGCUGCAAUCUGGUUUGACAUUGUGUCCUUGCAUUCCUUGUCCAGACCACGUACAAGUGAACGUGCAGUGCCAGAACUCUGCUCUGAGACUUUCUUUUGGCCUGGCAUCUCUAGAUGCCCCAAAGAGCCUUUAUGUCCUGUCAGCAUGACAGUUUUGCUUUUUCUUGGUCCUUUAUUUGCUUCCUUGUUGAGCUGCCAUGGCCUCAGCACAUCCCUGGUUUGUUCUGAUGGGAUGGAUGGAUGGGGUCUGCUUUGCCCAUUCGCGCAGCACCCUGUGGGGGUUUGUCCCCUUGGCUAGAGCUGUCUGUGGGAAAACAGGGAUGGGAGUUGAGUUCUGGUUUUUGUGCCAAACUGAAGGUCUCAAAGAAGAGCUCACAGACUCCGACAGUGUUGAUGCUUUCGCUCCCUGAAGCAAGAGCUGCUUUCCCCAGCACCCUUCAGCGGUGCACAUAUGUGGCUUUGCAUGCCAGCCUUCAGCUUGGUAACAGGGAGACUCUGAAAGCAGCUAGUCCAAGCUGUGCUAUUUCCGAAGCUGCCAGGGAAACCUGAAGCUUCUUCAUUUCUCCUCAUUUCUGCAAAUACAGCCUCAGAUGAAUUGUUCAAGCAGCAUCUGUUUGCCUAGUCCUGAGAAACUUGAGCUAACUGCAGCUACAAAGCUUUCCAAAACACAGUGCCAAGCUCAGGCUAGAUUUCACCCACAGCUAUGCCUAUAAUUUUAGGGCAGGGUUAAUGGUUUCAGGUAGAAGCCAUGCUCAGCAUUCCAGUUGGGAUGGUUCUGGCCCAAAACUGAGGCUGAAUGUCAUGCUGCCGGUGAAGCCUGCCCUGGGAUUUCAGUUCCUUGUGACACUGCUGAGUGCGGACUGGAGGAGUUGCUCCCUCCUUCCCGCUCUGCACAAGGAAAUCUUGGCACAAACCUUGCAAGCCAAGCUGAGACAAUGCCUCUGUAUUCCAGCAUGCUGUGAGCAUCUCCCAUUAAGGCAGGAGCAGCGUUUCACUGUAACCUCUUGAAUCUGACCAGCACAGUGAGCAUCACCCACUAUUUCACAUAUGCAGUGAUGCUCCUGAAAGGGAUUUAUUACAGAUGUGGGUAUAGAGGGCUAGCUCCUCUAGCAUCUCUAUAGACACUGAGUUCAGUUCUUCCUGAUGGAAAACUCAUCAGUGCAGGUGACAGAUCUCUUCUGUCCUGCCUGGUUAUCCACGCUGGUCCAGCAUCUCCCCUGGAGCUGAAGCUGCUCCUGUCUGUGGGUGGGAUGUGGACCAUUCUGUGUUGGUUACUCUUCCCCACUACCUGACUCCAAACCCUAAAAUUCAAAUUGAUAAUUUUCUUCCCCCUCCCCCCCCCCAAAAAAAAAAAGACACCUAUGUACAGAACCUGAGAAUUUCAGGAUGACGGGGGCAAAGUACAACUGAUAAUUACAGGGAUUUUGUUAUUUUUAAUCAAGAUCACAUUUUAAGCAUAGUUGCAGUUGCUGCGUGGUAUAUCAAAUGCUUUAGGAGAUUCAAUAAAUUAUUCUCAGAAAUGUUUUAUUCUUUUAUCAGUAAUUUGUAUAGGUGGGUGCUACUGUUCUUACACAGCAAUGCCCCGUACACUAAAACUGUACUCUUUCUCCAGUAUAGCCAUUGUAUGUAUGAAAUCUAUCUUGCUUGGUGUCACUUCGGCACAGUACCCACAUAUACUGCACACAGAUUGCACAUUACAUGCACUUGGCUGAUAGCUAUCCUUACAUGUAAUAGGCGUGUGUGUGAUGAACAGAUGCCAAACAAAGCGUUACCUGUCUGGUUAGUGGUGUGACUCAACAUAAAUGGGACAAGGGGAAAACAAAGAUCCUGUCUUGUUAGGAAAUACACCACAUUCAGAUGCUUCUUUAGCCAGAUUUUACCAGGAAACCAAACGAAGGGAGAUUGUUUCUGCUAUGUUACUUAAAGACACUGGAACAAAAGCAAUCAAACAGCUCUAAAAUACUUCACUGCUGUAUUUCUGUGUAUUCUUCACUGCUGUUCAUCUGAACUGUAAAUUCUGUACAGAUUGAAUGAGGUUCACAGCCUGUCAUAACCUGCGAGAUGAAAGGACAACACGACUUUGGCUGCAGAUGAUGUGUGUUGUUUGCACACAUGCACAUGCAUCUCGCUGUACAUGUGUGUAUACAGACACAUGCACACAGAAGCUUUAAGGCAGAAAGAUUUGCAUCUAAGAUGCAUGGGGGAAAAGAAUUUCUUUCAUUUAGUGGCAGGAGAGUAGGUAAAACCAAAAUAAGAGACAAUUUUGAUAGCAUUCCUAUCAAAAAUUAAGUCUUCGAUUGUCCCUAUACUGAGAUUUCAUCAACCUCAAACAAUUUCCCCUCUAGGAUUUAAUUUUGCCCGUAUUUUCACAGGUACAAGAUUGGAUAGAACUUAUUCUUUAGUGUUUAAUGUCAAAAAAAAAAACAAAAAAAAAAACCCAAAGCACGAAGAGCUAACUUCUCCAGUUAAAUGCUGCUGGAUGCCAUUGAAAAAAAUUGGAACUAAAUUUUUACUUUAGUCUGAGAUUCACCUCUAGUUCCAAAAUCAUCAGUUAUAAGAGCCAUUUAAAGGUCCCACACCAAAGGCAUGCUCACUGCUGGAGUAUGUCGUGGUUUCCCUGAGAUACCUUGAAGCUAUCACAGUUUACAGCAGGAUCUGGCUCCUUUGGCCUUAAUCGGGCCAGAAAUGGUUCGUGCACUUGUCCUGAGGAUGAGCAGAGAGGUGAACGUUGUGCUGGGAUGAGCUGCUCUCGCACUGGGGAGAGAAGGUGCUGCACGCCCUCACCUCCCGCUCAUCAAAAUCUCAGGCUCCGUUGAGCACUGAAGUUUGGUUGUCCUUUAGAAAGCAAAGGCAGCUGCUGCUUUGCUUCCUUUCAUUUGCUCUGUUGCCUUGGCUUUUUUGCACUUUUGUUUCAUCUCCAAAGAAUCUCUCAUAAUGCCUUUGGUACUUCUGUACAAUUUUCGAACGUUUUGUAUGUAUUGAGUGGUACACACUUUCUCUUGUAAUAUAGCAAUCGGACUUUUUUUUGGUGAAUGUGUAAUUUCCACUGUACAUUUCCACCAUGACUUUGUGCAAUGUACAUUUUCUAGGGACAGAUGCCAAGGGAAUGACCUGUAGUUUUCUAAGGGAACAGCUAGGAACAGAACGACACAGACGCAGAUGGUUUCACAUUAGCACUGCAGAAGAGCAACAUAGCCCAAGCUUUUAGCAUUGAGCAUGACACAGGGUGUACCUUCACGUGGACGACUGUGGCAGCUGCAAAACUGUCUAUGUGUGAUAUUAGAAUCAACAGCGAUGGUUGCUGUCAGAAGGGAAAUGGAGGAAAAUUAAAUAAUCACACUCAUUAAUUUAAGCCUCGAAGCAUCAGAAUGGAAAAUUUGCAUUCAGUAAAAUUACCAGAGAUUUAACCUUCAUGAGAUGAAAUACACAUUUAUUUUUCUUUGCA